AACUUCAUUCAUUCAAUAACAUGACGGUUUGUCGGCAAGUCGGUUCAUAACUUUUGCCGCUCGAUUAAGUGACAGGCAAAAUGAACGCGCAAAACAUAACGAACUUAUUCGAAUUUUAAAUCGAUUUGACAGUUGAUUGAGAGAGUUAUUUGACGUUAGCAAUAUUGCAUUUUCCUUCAUGUUGGAUUGUGUUUCGUGAUAAUAUUUGAGUGGAAGUGGAGUGUUUAUCGUUAAAAUGUUAUGGUGAUUGGAAAUGCUCGUGGGUGAGCAGUCGCCGGCGCCCCGGGUGGUAGCCGGCUUGCGGAAACUCCGGCCUGAAUUGACGCCAGGACCCUUUCCUACUCCUGCAGAUCCAGAUAUUCGGAUAUCAGGUGUCCUUCGUCAGUAUUACAAUGACGAUGACGAGUCGUGGGCAUGGGUGCACGCCGCCGUCCGUGGAGGGUGUCUGCUCGCGUGUCGGGAUGGCACCCUGCCCAGGCGAUCCGCAGCUAGGCUGCCCCUUCGCCACCUGCACCUGCGAGCUGCGGCCAAGUUGCCCAACGCGUUCCAGCUGUCGCGACUGCGGGAUGACGUCUCCGUUGCCACGUUCCAGGCUUGCAAUGCGACCGAAUACGCCCGGUGGGUACGAGCACUAUGCGUUGAAAUACUUGGACAGACACCGUUACCACAAGUUAGAUUUUUGGACGUGUUACCGGCCGCGGACACGUGUAAGGAACCAAAGAAAGAACCUCUCCAGGAGACGCCUGCCUGCCCUCCUAGACCGCCGCCAAGAGCACGGAGAAGGCUGUUGCCAACCGCAGAGACCCAGCUACCUCGGCGAGACCACUCCCCGGCCGCGCCGGACGAGGGCAUCGUCGUAGAAGACGACGAUUAUGAUUCAUCGUCCGACCGCAGUCUCGACCUAUCCCUUUCUCUCGACGCUCUCAAGACCAUCGACGUGGUCGAUGCGCCAGUACGGAAAGCUGAGGUCAUCAAAUGCGACAACUGCAGCAAAUUAAAUGCAAGUCCGCCGCAGCAUCACACAUUACCGCGUGCGAGAGCAAACGAAAAUGAAAUAGGUCGCCACCGGUAUCUGAAAAGAUGGGAGGGUCCAACGGGCAGAGCGGACAGAGGUAGAUUUACAAUGGAAGCAGCGAGAAGAAAGGCGGCUUCGUUGGAGAAUCGGGCGAGGUCUUGUUCGCCGAAUUCACACGAAGUUGUGUCCCAGUACGUUCCCGUACGAGAGAGGCGAGCUUUGUUCGAGUCUUUGUCGCAAAGCGGGGGUAGUUUAGCACGCAGUAGCGAGCAGUUGGCUCGUCCGGUACCCGUGAUGGAGACGACGCCUCGUCGUGCGGCGUCACUGCACGACCUGCAGGCGCCUCCGACGAGGUCAGUGAGUGACCUGCGGCAGUUCUUCGAGGCAGUAGCACGCGGGGCUGGCCCGUGCUCCGGUCUCCAGCGCCACAGCGCGCCGAACCCUGUGCGCGCCUUCGCGUCUCUCACCUGUGCCUGACUGAACACUCUGUAAAUAUUGUAAAUAAGACUCACGGCGUCGACCGUCGAUCGUCUCACUAAGUCGUUCGUUGUAAGACUGUUAAAAGUAUUGUUAUAAAGUACCUAAUAUAAAUGUAUUAACUAUUA